AUGGCUCCUCCUACAACGAAGCUGAGUUGUGAGCAAUGCCGGCAACGCAAAGUCAAGUGCGAUAAGACGUUGCCUUGCGGCCCGUGCCAAAAGACAAAACUCGAAUGCACCGCUGUUCAGCACAAGCGCCAGCGUCGACCACGGAAGGAUGCUCUCAACAAUAGGAUCUUGCGAUUGGAGGAUAUGGUGCGACAGCUGGAAGCAACUGCAUCGUCGCCGAAGCAGGAGCCUGGUUCAGGACUUCCGGUCGCGAGGACUACUCACGAAGAUCCAACUAUCAACGCGAAAAGGUUCGUCGCGCCGGACUUUUGGACGGGUCUUGCUGCAGAGGUCACGGGACUACGGGAUGUUUUGGAAGAGUCGUCCGACGAUGAAGGCGAGUCUCCGGAAAGCCAGAACACUGCAAGCGACGCAUCUCCGGGACAAAGUCUCCACUCGAAUGCCGUGCUCUUUACAAACUUGUCAGAAGGUACACCAAGCCAGGACUUGCAGCCACCUUCUCAGGAACUAAGAGACAAACUACUCUCCAUCUUCAAGUUUCGAGUUGAUGCCAUAUUCAUGGUCGGUCAUUGGCCAACUAUGCUUGCCGCCGUGACCGAGAAAUACUCCUAUCCAUCGCGACCAGUGUCUCUGAGCUUCGAGGCCUUGGAAUAUGCCAUCUAUUUCGCCGCCAUGUGCACUUUGUCCGAAGCGGAGUCUAUGCAAGCACUAGGCCAAGACAAAGAGUCGCUGAACAAACGUUUCCAGGUGGCAGCUGAGGCCGCCUUCUCACGUGCGGACCUUAUAACCAGCAGGGACCAUGUUGUCUUGCAAGCUUUUGUUAUAUACCUUGUAGGGCUUCGUACUCGUACCAACCGAUCAACUACAUGGGCUCUUGUGGCUUUAGCGAUUCGUCUCGCAAAUGGCCAGGGAAUACCUACCGUGGAAGACCCUCGUUCGUCUCUUUUGGACAAGGAAGCGAAGCGCAGAGUGUGGUAUUGUAUCGGUCUCUUGGACAUACAGACCUCUCUAGAUCGAGGUUCUGUACCGUUGCUCCGCCCCGAGGAAUUCCAAAGACCGCCUGCGUACGUCAACGAUGCCGAAUUGACUGGUUUACCGACGACUUCCGGGGGGUUCACAGACAUGUCGCCCUCUCUAGUAACGCACCUAGCUAUGGUUAGCUAUCGUCGACUCGGCUACGACUUUACAAGCCGUGGGAGUCAAUCGCGCGAUCAGCUCCAAACUUGGAACGACCGACUUGGAGUACUCACGCGAUUCGAAAACGAGAUGCAAGAGCGCGUGGUUAGAUACUGCGACGACUCCGACCCCCUCCAAUUCAAUGCAAAGAUGACCGCAUCGCAUAUUGCAGCGUCGGUGAGGUUACUGCUCUAUCGACCAAUGCAUCGCACGCCGCAGGAAUCAAGACCCCCGCCGGAUGAAUUCGAUGUUUUGAUUGCGGCAACCGGAGUGGUUGAGCGCUCUCUUUUCAAGAAUCGGCCUCCAAUCUUAAAUCCUUGGGGAUGGUUUAUCUGGGUGCCAUGGUAUGCCCUUGCCGUCGUCCUUGCGGAGAUAUGUACGCAGCCGGACCAUCCAAGUAUCAAUCGAGCUUGGACUGCGGCAGAAAGUGCGUUCGAGCAGUACUCUCAGCAAAUAGCGGAUGCGUACACAGGCAUGCUUUGGAGGCCGAUUGUAAAGCUGAUGAAAAAGACUCGAAUGGUACUGCACAAUCGAUACAAGACUGCCGACAUCCUCACGGGUCAUGCCUUCGAGAACGCCCCCACUCAGACGACUACUACAUUGAGAUCUACGAUCAAACCCGAAGAGUCACCGCGUGAGUUCUUACAAGAUGGUGGAGUUCCAGACAUGGACCAAAAUCUAUUUGCUGGACCCAUCGAGGACAAGGAUCUUGUGGCGGCACUGGAUAGUCUUGGUCACUUCACUGACCCUUCGCCUUGGAUGGACUGGGAUCUUUUUCUGGAUGACGUUAAUUGUGAUAACUGGAUUACUUGA